AUGACAGCGCUCGAGAAGUGCUCUACCGACGCAGCGAAGCCUUUCGAUGAAGUCUUGCGCGCGGCACUCAAGAUCUCACAGAAGAUGCUGGAACAAGCCGAGCCUGCAGAGCCCCUUCAGCCAGCCGCCCCAGCCCCAGUCUCGGUCGUCCCCUUCAUUGCUCAGCUAAAUACUCCCGCUCCUGCUCUGGCUUCUCAACCUGCUCCUGCUCAAGAUGCCACCCCGUCUACCGCUCCUGAUAGCACCUCUGUUCCGGCUCCGCGUCGCGUCUUACGCACCGCUCUCCCUCUAGCCAUGGCUUCUGCCCGCAAAAGGGCCGCCCGUGAGAGCGUCUCCCCAACCCCAACUGUCGCCGAGGACAAUGAACAGAACAACGCAGACGAAUUCGUUUGUGAGUUUGCCGGCUGUGGCCGCUCUUAUGAGCACAAGGGCUCUCGCACCCGCCACUACAAGAUCAACCAUGGCGGUCGACGUCCUUGA